CACACUUGGGGCAAAAUUCGUGAAUGAAAUUGUAUUGUUUUACGCUUUGAAUAGUCCUAGGUCCUCGAAGCUCCCGAAGGUAAGAAAUGACAUCAUCGUGGGACAUUUCCGGUCAUUGGAGAAGAACUAGAAGAGCUGCCACUAACCCAGCUCGACCAAACCCUCCAAAGCAAUGUACCAUUACCUUCUUCUCUUGAUUCAAAGCUUCCUGAAUCCAAAAGAUCACUUUGGCAGCUUGAUCUUGUCCAGGAAUCAGGCCAUCUUCAAUGGGGCAAUGGUAGGUAUCAAAACCAUUGUCCUUGUACUUGGACAACAAGUUGGGGACUUUAAAUCUCCUCAUUUCAAAUUCGGUGACUAGGGGAACGAUACAAUCAACCCCCUCCUCCUUCAGAACCUUGAGGUCAUCGUCUAAUCGCCUUCGAGUCUCCUUAUAUCUUGCUCCGGGCAAACCAGAGAUCAAAAGAAUUCCGGUCCUAGACGCCCUGGGAAUGGGCUGGAACUUGAAUCUUGAGGGCGGAGCUCGAGCCGGGUCUAUGUCGUCUUCGUCACUAGAGUCAAACGACAUGUUUUGAGGUUUCAGGCCUGUUUUCUUUCAAUUCGGACGUCCACUCCUUGACCUUAUAGGGCGGCAAGUCAUUGAAAAGAACACUUCCCCAUGCAUAGGUGACCAACAAGCAAAUGGGUAUCUUCGUGGUAUUUAAACUAUCACGCAAGUGUAACCGAACAAUCCCAACAACAUACACUAUUGAAUGAAGGACUUUCCCCUAAGGUCAAAAUGUGUACGAAUACGGACAUUAUGAGUGCUCUUUUAGACACCAGUCACGACAUCAAUGUUUGUUUUCGUCCAGUCACCUUGCUAGUUUUUGAUUUCUAACGCCAAGUCUCCUCAACCAAGGACUUUUCAUCUAACAUCCUAACAGACAAGGAUCAAUCGUUCGAAGGCACUUUAUCAAGGUCAGAUCAUUUGACUCAAUCAAUUGAAGCCUUUAGAGUAUGCCUCCAAACAAGAGAAAGGCAAAUGGUGCCAAAGUUCCCAGUUCCGUUCCCAAUGUGGCGUCAUCUAAGGAAGAAUUCUCGUUCUGGUUGCUAAAGAGUGAGCCAGAGAGUCGCCUCGAAAAUGGAGUGGAUUUGAAAUUCGGGCUUGAAGACCUCAAGAAGGAACCGAAUCAAACGGCAUGUUGGGACGGGGUUAGAAACUACCAAGCAAGGAACUUCAUGAGGUCCAUGCGGUUGGGACAAAAGGGCUUCUUCUACCACAGCAACUGUAAGGUUCCUGGCAUUGCAGGUUUAGUGAAGAUUGUCAAGGAAUCUUAUGUGGAUCAUACCCAAUUCGAUAAGAAGGAUCCUCACUACGACCCCAAGAGCUCCCAAGACAAUCCCAAAUGGGAUAUGGUGGACGUUCAGUUCCAACGCGAACUCAAGAGAUUCAUCCCUUUACACGAGUUGAAACAGCUACAUUUAGACCACAAAAAGAACAGUGGUCCUCUGGCUAAGUUGGCCUUAUUCACAAGUGCCCGUUUAAGUGUCCAACCCGUUCGCCAAGAGGAAUUUGAUUACAUUGUAUCCCUUGAAGAUGUUACUUCCUAGUUCCAUCUUGUCAUAGACAACUCUUCUUAUUGCGAUAUUAAAAUACCAGACCCCUUCA